AUGCAUCCACGACUGGCAAUGGAGCUGCUGGCUCAGAAGAAGACAAAUCUGGUGGAGGAGGUGGAGGAGGAGGGCCACCAGACAGCUGUUCUGCAGGAGGUAAUGGAGGUGGAGGAGGAACGCCAGACUGAACUGGAGGUGGAGGUGGAAUGGCAGAUUGAACUGGAGGAGCUUGAGGAGCUUGUGGUGCUCGUGGUGGAGGGGGAGGUUGUGAGGCUGGCAGAUGAGCUGGAGGUGGAGGAUAGUUGUUCGCUGGUGGUGGGGGAACAGAAGUGGGUUGAUAGGUUUGGUGUUGAUUUAGCUGGUAGGUUUGUGGUGAACUGGGGCCAGUACCCGUAUGCUGUGGUGUUGCUCCUCGUGCUCGUGGGGGCGGAGGUGGGGGACCGGAUCUGUUUGUUCUUGGAGGAGGAGGUGGAGGAGGACCUCCAGUCAGUUGUGGGGCCCGAUAACCUGGAGCUCUUGGAGGAGGCGGAGGCACGUUUCCGCGAGAAGGAGGAGGAGCAGGAGGAGUGGCCUGGGAACGCAACGGCGGCGGUGGAGGAACGUUCGCCGCGGUUGACAAGGAGAUGGCGGAGCAUAUGUGUGUUUACGCCGUUUUGGUAA